AUGCAAUACAUGGAAGGAGGCAACCUUAGGCAGUAUCUGCAGCAAAAAAAAUUAACUUUUAGAGAUAAACUUGACAGAUUAAGAGAUAUUAUUAGUGGACUAAAAGAUAUUCAUCAACAAAAUCUAAUCCAUCGAGAUUUGCAUAGUGGAAAUAUAUUAAAUUCUAAUGAUCGGAGUUAUGUUGCUGAUUUGGGAUUAAGCCAAUCUGUUAAUUCUCAAAAAGGAGAGGGUCAAGUCUUCGGUGUUCUUCCUUAUGUAGCUCCCGAAGUCUUACAAGGUCAACCUUACACUCAAGCCAGUGAUAUUUACUCUUUUGGAAUAGUGGCUUACGAGUUAUUGGCGAAUACUUAUCCUUAUAGUGAUUUAAAUCUAGAAGAUACAAAUCUAGCAUUAAAAAUAUGCCAAGGAUUAAGGCCCGAUGUAGAUGAAUUGAAAAUACCUCCAUUGAUGAAAGACUUAAUUAAAAGUUCUCCAAUAAAUACCAAGGAAAUCGUGUUAUUAUCACAAAAACCUGAAAAGCGAGCCUUAGAACCAGAAUUAAAAAAAUUGGAAAAAGAAAUUGAUCAGCCUCUUACUGAAGAACAAAAAGUGUUAAUAAGCGAUUUUAUCCAAGCUAGGAAAAUGGUUAUAAAAGAUAGGAAUAAUGAGGAAGCAGAGGAUAGGGCUUGA